AUGGGAGGAGGGCUAGAAGCCGAAACUCCUCGUGAUGAAAGAGAAAGCAGCAUAUUACGCCCUGUUCCCUGUGCUCGGGCAUUUGCCAUCGUGAAUAUGGGCUGCCGGCCCAUGACAAAGCUGAUUGCAAUGGUGAGGCCCGCCCAGCAUCCGUUUUCUCUGUCGAAGACCAAGCCGAAUAGAAGGGCCAGGCCUAGAGAGAGGGAACACUUGAGGGCGGACUCAAGCCGCCCUUUGUUGGAGAGAUUUAGGAUCCAAGUUUUGCGUGUCAGCGGGGCCCACCGAAUUGGGGUUCAGAGCAGUGCAAACUUAGGUGACUAUGUGUGUCCAACGCUCGGGUACGGCACCAACAUCGCCACAACCGAAGCCACGGCCCCAAGCCCCGUGCUGGCGGCAACGUACGCCGGCCGCCACUCAACUCCUCCUCCUUCUCCUCCACCCACCAAAACCGCAUCUGUGCAUACAAGCACAACUUGCCCGAGCGCAAUCCUCUUGGCCGUCACGUGCGUGCACUCCGGCAGCGCCACCGCAAACGAGGCGGCCGCUGCCGCUAGCGCCGCCACCCCCACCGGCACUCCGGCGCCGGCGGCCGCCCACCGGAGGAGCACGGCAGCCGGGACCACUUGCGCGGUGGCGCAUACGGCGUGCCAACACCCGCGCAACGCGUCUCCUAAAGUGGCAUCGUACACGAUGAGCACGGCCGUUAGGUACGAAAAGGCGGCGAAUUUUAUUUCCUUGGCGACGAGCUUCGGGCCGUAG